GCCGGGGAGAGACCGGGCUGGGCGGGGGGAGAGGGCGCAGCCGCCGGGCAGAGCUGCUGCUGUGGCGGCGGGUCCCUCAGGGUAGGCGGGGUCGAGUCUCCGGGUGGGUCUGUGAGGAGGCGCUUCUUGGGGGUCUCCGUGGAGCCCUGGGCCGCUCGGGCCGCCGGUGUCCGUGCCGGGGUGUUCCAGCUGCUGCGGUGUGUGCAUUCACCUCCAGCCGGGUUCCCAGGCAAAGGCAGCGCCGGCCCCCGUGCUCAGCUCUCCGACUUUCCUCCCCCGCGGUGGAAGCCACAACUUGUUCACCCCAAUUUGAAAGCAAACGGGCAGUCUCAAAGGUACAGCUACAGGGCAGCUCAUCCUGACCGAGAAGUACCAAAGGAGUACGUGAAUUCCUAAUUUAGAAGCCAAGAUGCAGAUGUUAAUGCCUGAACCUCAGAUUUUUGUGGAAAGAACUCUGGCCCUCAUCAAACCAGAUGUCAUUGAUAAAGAAGAAGAAAUAGAAGAUCUCAUUCUCAGAUCGGGAUUCCUGAUCGUUCAGAAACGGAAGCUUCAGUUAAGCCCAGAGCAAUGUAGCAACUUCUAUGCAGACCAAUAUGGAAAAGUGUUUUUUCCUAAUUUAACAGCCUAUAUGAGUUCUGGACCUUUAGUUGCUCUGGUUCUUGCCAGACGUUGCGCAGUCUCAUACUGGAAAGAAUUGCUUGGACCACCAAACAGCAUGAAGGCCAGGAGAACGCACCCUCACAGCUUAAGAGCCAUCUAUGGGACUGAUGAUCUGAGGAAUGGACUUCACGGCAGUCACAGCAUUUCCUCGGCAGAAAGAGAAAUUAGGUUCAUGUUUCCAGAAGCGAUUUUGGAGCCAAUUCCAACUGGACAAAGAGCUAGAGAUUACAUGAACCUCUAUGUAAAGCCAACAUUACUGGCUGGGCUCACUGCGCUAUGCAAAGAGAAGCCAGCAGACCCCAUGAAGAAGAUGGUAUCAGGAACUAUCUGUCCACUCAGAAAUACUUGCUGGCAGCACAGAGGUUGUCUCGGCAAAUUCCCUACGUAACACAGGAUAAAUUUAAUCAGGCGCAAAUGAUUUUAAAAAUUCUCAUUUUUCCAAGUAGUCUUUCUAAGAGCUUUUGUAUUUUGGCAUUUGUGGUGGGGUUUUGUAUGUGUGUAUUUGUUUUCCAUUUAUGUCUUGAGUUCUUACUGUUCUCCUGCUAUUGCUGACUAACCUGUGAGGGUUGUCCUAGUGCUCUACUUGUUGGCUCUUUCUUUGUCAUCCAGUCUUUUUGUACCUGGUAAUAACAGGAGAGUGUUGCUUCCCUUCCUGGUCUGCUGUUCUAUCCAUUGUUUCACUUCACAGGAUGGUAUGAAGUUUGUUGUUGGUUCCAGAAACUAAUUGUCAACAGCCUUGUGAAGUAAAUAAGGAUGUGUUAAAAACUUCUAUUUACAAGAAAGAGAGGCAAAGGGCUGAUUUGCCUAAGGCCAGGCUGUGGCAUUGGCAGAUGAAGGCGGGCUCAAGACAUUCCUACUUCCCACAUUCUUAUUUAAGUACAAUUUGCUGGAAAGCUUACAAGGUGAAUUUAAAAAAGUAACCGCGUUUUGUUUUUAGGUUGUAGGUGCUAUAAGAUUAUUUCAGUGCAGAAGACUGGCACUUUUAAUGCAUGAUUUUAGUUAAAAUAUCUGUAGAUGUUGUCAGGAAUAAUAUUUCAUUAAGCAGUUUCAUGCAUAUUGUACAACCUCGUUCCAAAACAGAGUUGACCAGAUUAUUUGAAGUAUGGCUCGAGUGUUCUUAUAUAUUUACAAAGAUAGGCAUUGCCAGGAAAAGUUGUCUUCUAAAGGUCAGUGUGAAUGAUUCAAAAGCGAUAUAAGCUGUGGAGAUUUAAAAGAGCAUUUAGAAGAAAGAGGUUAUUUGUAUGUCUGUUUUUUCUGAAAGGUCUUCAGAGCAUAGCAGGAGAGUGUCUGUAUCAGAGGUUUCAAAUAAUGCUUUCAAUAUUCUCCCAUACGGUUAACAGAAAACAACAGAAAACUGAAAAUGUUUGGUGUUUUGUUGCACAGACUUGGCUGGCUGACUGGCUGAUUGAACACAAUCCUAAUAAACCUCGGCUGCGACAUCAGAUGGCUGAGGAGGAGCAUGAGGGGUGAGAGCUCAGUGGAAAUCAUCUCAGGCAUUCCAGGUUACACUGAAAAUGAUAAUAUAUAUCUGUAUCCCAUGGCUAUGUAAUCAAUAUUAAGUAGAUGUUAUUGUCAUAACUACCUGCAUCCUUUUGAGAUAAAUAAACUUACACUUAACCAGGAGUUAAGAAUUCUAGUAGCUUUUCUAUAGACAAAGUGAAUGUAGAAUUACAUGAUAAAUUUAUAGUAAAGCAACCAGAAAAAGUCAAAAUUCCAUCAGGUGUGACUUAACUGCUAUUUUUCUCCAUUUAUCUUGGUUCUCCCAGACAGACAAACCAAAUGAUUUACACCAGUGCAGAUUCCCAAGUGACGUGCAGCUGGGCUGUGCUUUUGUGAAACUGAGAGUUGUGUCUCAACAUUUUUUAAGCAGACACAAAUUCCAUUAUGAAGAGGGGUACUUGGAUGUAGCUUUGAAAACUGCUCCUGGAGGCAUGUUAGCAACUUCAGAAUUUUAAUUGCUGAUUACACCACCGAGCUAAUGUCACUGUUGAAGAUGACUCACUUGAGCCUGGUGGUUUUUGUCAGAAUGUGAUUUGAAGGACUUAUUUGCAGGUACAUUGUAUGUGCCUUUCCCAUCUUGGGGGCAGAAGGCAGAGUGAUUAUAAAUCAAUCUUUUAUUUCCUUUGGAAGUCACAAGAUGAUGUAUUUUAAUCAAGGACUAAUGCUGUCUUCCAACAUUUGUUUGAAAGAGAGGUGUUUAAUUUGAACAGCUCACCUUAAGGAUGUUUUCUGUGUUCUGCUCUUCAAAGGUACACUGACUUCUGUUGUUUUCCUGGUAUUAUUGUUUACCCUUGAACUUUAAUGUGUUCUAGUUUCAAGAGAAUGGGUUAGAGGCCACACUAUUACCUUUUCUAAAAUAACUGGACUGGUUUGGGGGUAUGUGGGGCUUUUUAAUUUUCUUAGGAGCUGUACUUGUAGUGUUAACUUCAAGCUUUGUAUCUUGUGGUUUGCCUGGCUAGGGUGGAGAAAACAAUGUAAUUUUCACAACUCUGAAAUAUUAGUAUGCUUGACUAAUACUAAACAAACAAGCAAUUUCAUAAUUCAUUUCGUGAGAAAACUUGCUCCUCCAACUUGAGUAAUUACCAGAAACCGAAGUCAUUUGUCUGUAACAAUAAAUUUUGUUUAAGCUAAUUGUUUAUCUUCUCAGUGGAAUAAACCACUAUUGCCCAGAGAAAUAAACAUUUAGAAAAUGGGUCUCUACAGUACUGAGACUUAAAAAUCUUGGGACUUUUUUGGAGGGAGGGUGUAGGGGCAAAUACAAAAAGAAGCAAGCCCAAACCCUCAGGUAUGAAUCAAAAAACCAGGAAGUGGCUAGAAAUACAGUAGACAGAUGUGUUUACAACUAGUUUAUUUUGCCUAUGAUUAUUAUCCCCAUACGUUUCUGAUUGCUCCAGUUGCAGGACAGUUGUGCUUUGUGAUUGUCUGUCAGUCAAACCAAAAAUGUAUCUUUUGAAGAUGCCAGAAACUAAAAUCUGGUGAAUUCACAGGACAUUCUCCUGUAUUUUGUUAGUUACUAUGGCAUUUGUUUACUUAUUUUGAUGUGAUGAUGCUCGACAAUAAAUAUCUCCUUUGUGUUA